UACAUACGUCUCUGCAGAAGUCACAAGCGCUCUCCUGGGUGGGCUCCUGGUUGCGGAGCACCCAGCCUUCACAUAGACACACCUGUGCGAGAAGCCGGAGGGGAAGAAAGACACAGGCCCAGGGGCCCUGCCCUUUGUGCACGAAAGCCGGGGACCUUGCCUGCCUCAGCAAGACCACAAUGAAUCAAGGAGCCGCUUUUAGGCACCUGCUCCUGGUGCUGCAGUUGGUGAUGCUCGAAGCAGCUGUCCCUCAGGGAAAGGAAGUGGUGCUGGGGAAGGCAGGAGGCACGGCAGAGCUGCCCUGCCAAGCAUCCCAGAAGAAGUACAUGACCUUCACCUGGAAACUUUCUUCCCAGGUCAAGAUUGUGGAAAGUCAGAACCCCAUCUUUUGCCUUACAGGCUCCUCCAAGCUGAAAACUCGCUUUGAAUGCAAAAAAAUCCUGUGGGACCAAGGAUCCUUUCCUCUGGUCAUCAAGAGCCUUCAAAUCGCAGACUCAGGGAUUUACACCUGUGAAGUGGAGGACAAGAAAAGAGAGGUGGAACUGAUGGUGUUCGGCUUGACUGCCAAGGUGGACCCCAGCGGCAGCGGCAGCAGCAGCAGCACCAGCAGCAGCACCAGCACCAGCAUCCACCUGCUGCAAGGGCAGAGCCUGACCCUGACCUUGGAGAGCCCCUCCGGUAGUAACCCUUCGGUGCAAUGGAAAGGUCCAGGGAAUAAAAGCAAGAGUGGGGUCCACAGCCUCUCACUGUCCCAGCUGGAGUUGCAGGAGAGUGGCACCUGCACAUGCACUGUCUCCCAGAGCCAGAAGACACUGGUGUUCAACACAAACAUCUUGGUGCUGGCUUUCCGGAAGGUCUCUAACACGGUCUAUGCGAACGAAGGGGAGCAGGUGAAGUUUUCCUUCCCGCUCAACUUCGAAGAUGAAAACCUGAUGGGGAAGCUGAGGUGGAAGGCAGAGGGGGCUCCCUCCUCCCUGCUCUGGAUCUCCUUCACCUUGAAGAACAAGAAGCUAUCUGUGGAAGAGGUUGACCAGUACUCCAAACUCCAGAUGAUGGACUCACUCCCGCUCCGCUUUACCCUGCCCAACGUUUUGUCUCGUUAUGCCGGUUCUGGAAACCUGACCCUGGUCCUUGACAAGGGACAGUUGCAGCAGGAAGUAAAACUCGUGGUGAUGAGAGUGACUCAGUCUGGGAACAAUUUGACCUGUGAGGUGCUGGGACCCACCUCCCCUGAGCUGACGCUGAGCUUGAAACUCGAAGGACAGGCUGCCAAGGUCUCAAAGCAGCAGAAGAUGGUAAGGGUGGAGGACGCAGAGGUGGGAACAUGGCAAUGUCUACUGAGUCACAAGGACAAAGUCUUGCUGGCAUCCAAGGCCGAGGUUUUGCCUCCUGUGCUCACCAGGACCUGGACAAAUCUCUUGACCAUCGUGCUGGGCGGGGUCCUAGGCCUCGUGCUUUGCACUGGGCUCUGGGUCUACUGCUGUGUUAAGUGCUGGCACCGCAGGCGCCAGGCAGCGCGGAUGUCUCAUAUCAAGAGACUCCUCAGUGAGAAGAAAACCUGCCAGUGCUCCCACCGGUUACAGAAGACAUGUAAUCCCAUUUGAGGCACAGGACCGGGGAGCUUCCCACUUGCAGUGCAGCCUCGCCAGCUGUCUCCCCUUGCGUUUCCUGCUGGGCUCCUGGGCCUGCGGACCAGAUGAAUGUAGCAGACCCCAACAUUUCCGGCGGCCGUCUCCUGCUCUCUUUGUCCACGCUUGGCCAUUGGCUCUCCUCUUGCAGAGGCUUACACCAUUUCCUCCCCAUUUCCUUUGCAUCAAGCCUAGCCCUGAUCCAUGAUUUCUUCCCAGCUCCCUCCCCCAUUGCCUCCUGGGCCCAGGGAACCACAUGGGACCAGCCGUACCUGGCAUGGAGGGCAAGGGUGGGUAUCUGAAGCAUGAAGCAUAGGGCUGCCAUUUUAUUGGACAGGACCUUGGGACCAGAGGGGACAGGCACUAGCCCGAGAUCACACAGCCAGUCAAGGGCACAUCCAGAUCAAAAGCCUCCUGACUGCUAGUGUCCACUGCUCCAUUCUCCCCGCUUCCUCACUCUGUUUUGGCAGGGCACGGACUCACAUCCUGACCUGUGCACAAACAGGCACCGCUGGACACAAACCCAUGUACAUAGCCCACCCUUGUGUACAGACACAAUUCCUUUAUCACCCAAGCAGUAUGUCUCAGUUUAUGAGCCAGUCUCACAUCCUUUGUCUGUUUAAACCUUAUGAAACUCUUACGGAGCUAGUACUGACAGGACCAAGAUUAGCAUCUCCAGCUUGUAGACCGGAAAUGGAACUCAGAGAGGUCAGAUGAUUGCCCAAGGUCACACAGCUAGUACGUGCCAGAGUCAGGACUAGCGCAGGUCUCUUAACCCCUAGUUCCGUGGCUGUUUCCUGAACACAGACACAAACACCACGCAAAUCUCUGCAUCUGGUUAGUCACUGAUGCCCAGUACCCACCUUUGGAUUCAUAAAAGCACACCACCCCACUCAGGGUCUGCCUCAGAGAGUUCAGAAACACAGAAGAGGGCCUCCCUGCCUAAAAUCCCUCUCUCUCACCUGCUGGUGGCAGAAUCCUGUUACCAGAGGACAAAAGCUGGCAGUCCUCCUAAUCAGAGCACAGGCUGGGAACACAGGCCCUGUGGGAGAGAGUGCCCAGUGACCUACCACUCACCCUGUUGCGGAACCUUCUGGAAGGUGAGCUUUGCCAGGGGGAGGGGGCGAGGAGCUGGCUGGAGAGAGAAUACUCUGAGAGGACCUCGUGGAAGUGUUCAGUCCCCCUGCCCUGCACUUUCCUUCAUCCUUUCUCCAAACCAUUCAGGAAGCAGGAAAAUUGGGGUUACAAGUACUUUUCCUCCUCUUCUUGAACCAUCUCUCUCAGGAACCCUCAGCCUCCUCUGCCUUUCCUUCCUUCCCUUUCUCACCACCUGUGUCAGUCCCUACCCCCUUUCCCUUGUCUUCUCUUUCCAGCUUGCCCCUUCCAGGGAGGACACCAAGUGGACACCAAGGCUCCCCACUGCUUGCUUCGUAUCCCUGCCUGCUCCCGCCCCUGCCUCCCUGAGCUGACAGAAAAAUACAAUAAACUUACUGUAAAGAAGA